UCCCUCUUCCACACCCUCUUCCUCCCUCCCUUCAGUCUCCAUCCAAUCCUUUGUGAAAACCUUGAGGCACCAGGCGUCGGAGCUCAGUGGGUUGAAGUAGCCACUAGUUCAGCCAGGCUCCAGACAGAGCUCCAGCUCUAACCCUAGCCUCACUGAGCCCACAGAGAAGAGACUUUGCUGGGCAGCAGGCUGCAGACAGAAGGCCUCUGGACUCUGGCUCUCUAGGAGGGGGACCGGUUGAGAUCCCAGGACAGAGGGAGUAGAGUGGGUGAGAGAGCCAGAGAUUAACCCCUGUGUGAGAUGGGAGAUAUGCACAUGAGCAGAGCUUGAGGAGGUGACUGAACCGGAGCACGAGGCUCUCUGAGCACUGCCUGACUAACGACACACACAUACAUCUGCAGGACACACUCUCUCACAAACAAACACACAAAGAGUCCUGGCAGAGGGAGUAACAGACACCUCCAGAGGGAAGCCUAGAGGAAGUCCAGGAGGCAUCCAGCUAGCCAGUAGAAGAACACCAUGCAGGGUGUGGUCGGGGUGAGACGGGGGGUGUCGUGGAGCCUGUGUGGCCUGCUCUGCCUCUCUCUCUGGGGGCUGAGCCAGUGCAGAGGUUCCAGACAGGCCAGAGAGACCAGGGACCAGACCAGGGACCAUCCCAUGCUCAGGGCCAAACGAGCUCCUGCUGAUGAUGUCAAGAAGUGCUCCUACACCUUCCUCAUUCCCGAGCAGAAGAUCACAGGCCCCGUAUGUGCCAGCGCCACGGGCCCAGAGCCGGACAAGGAGCGUGUGACGCGUAUUGACAUAGCUGACGUGAGAGAGGUGCUGUCCAAGCAGAGACGGGAGAUUGAGACCAUGCAGCUGGUGGUGGAUGUGGACGGCAACAUGGUGAACGAGAUGAAGCUGCUGAGGAAAGAGAGCAGGAACAUGAACUCCAGGGUGACCCAGCUUUACAUGCAGCUGCUGCACGAGAUCAUCAGGAAGAGGGACAACUCUCUGGAGCUGGCCCAGCUGGAGACCCGGGUUCUCAACGUCACCUCAGAGAUGCUGAGGUUGGCUUCACGCUACAAGGAGCUGGAGGGGCGUUUCGCACUGAUGGCAGGGUUGGUGAACAACCAGUCGGUGCUGAUCGCUGCGUUGGAGGAGCAGUGUCUGCGGACCCUGGGGCAUAGUGAGCUACCUGUGGUCCCCCCGCUGGUCCAGGUGGUGCCAGAGAGUAUCCCCGUCAACAGCCGCUUUACCAACGAGAUACAGAGGGACCAUACCAACCGAGCCUUCCCACGGGGAUCACGCAUGGACUCCCCCACUGCCUCCCCAUUUGCACUCAAUCCGCCGCCACCGCAGGGCACGCUCACCUCAGACGGUCCGUUUAAGGAUUGCUACCAGGUGCGCCAAGCGGGCCACAGCACCAGUGGGAUGUACCUGCUUAAGUCUGAGGGCAGUGACCGGCUGAUCCAGGCCUGGUGUGAACACGGCCUAGACAACGGAGGCUGGACUGUGCUACAGAGGAGGAAGGAUGGAUCGGUCAACUUCUUCAGGAACUGGGAGAAUUACAAGAAAGGCUUUGGGAACAUUGACAGUGAGUACUGGCUGGGUCUGGAGAACAUCUAUAACCUAGGGAAGCAGGGGGACUACAGGCUGCUGGUAGAGCUGGAGGACUGGGUGGGAAAGAAGGUGUAUGCCGAGUACAGCAGCUUCCACCUGGAGCCUGAGAGUGAGGGGUACCGCCUGAGACUGGGCACCUACCAGGGAAAUGCUGGAGACUCCCUCAGCAGCCACAAUGGGAAAAUGUUCACCACGCUGGACAGGGACAAGGACGCUUUCUCAGGUAACUGUGCUCACUUCCAUAAGGGUGGCUGGUGGUACAACGCCUGUGGCCAGACCAACCUGAACGGAGUAUGGUACAGCGGAGGGGUUUACCGCAGUAAGUUCCAGGAUGGAAUCUUCUGGGCCGAGUACGGAGGAGGGUUCUACUCUCUCAAGUCUGUCCGCAUGAUGAUCCGACCUAUCGAUUGAGCCUGGAGUAGGCUCCAUCCCCCUACCUACACUAUGACCUUUAACCCAUCAUGACCCCUACCCUACCCCUCCCCCUCCUGACCCCUCUCAGCUUCUCUACCAAGCUACCCUUCAUCUCCACACUCCAUUCCAUCCUUCCAUUCUCAAGUGGAGAAGAGAAUUCGAUUUCAACAGUCAAUGCCCAAAAUGGAAACCCUGGUUAUUUUUUACCCUCUCUGGAUAGAAGACACAGCUUUCUGCUAUGUUUCAGCUGUGCUCCUAUUGAGUCCUCUCUAACAUGGCCAGAUAAUGCUGUGACAGAUAGCAGUGGACAGCCAGAGUAUGGACUCUAACACAGAGCUAGCUGCCACUGUCUUCUACAACAGUCUAUAUAUACACAGUAUGCUACCACCAUGUCACAGUUCAAUACGCUAUGAAGGUGAUUACUUUAGGAAUUUGAGAUGACUUACAGCCUAAAUGCUACUGGAAAAAAAUAUUGUUAAUUUUGUUGUUCUGUUUUGCUUGUAUCCAGCGGGUUUGUUGCUAAGUGAGUGCCUUUUUUCACAGCGUAAUAAGGAUUUAAUUACAAGUUCCUUAUGAUGUCAUCAGUUAAAAUCAAAAUGAGAAUGUACCACAGUCAAAAGGGGUUGAGAGGCACGCACCUCCCCCCAGGCAUACAGGACUUGGUAUGGUCUUCAUGUACAUAUUACUCUGUUGUUUUGUUUGGGCUUGUUGUUUUGGGGUUCCCACAAGCACUGAGAGGAAAUGGACUCUAACAAUGUGCUUUGUGAAGUGGGAAUGGCCCAACUCGCUUUGGCAUGUAAAUAUAUUGGCCUUUAUUUGUGAGAGUUAAUUUAAGACGUAUGAUUCUGCUCAAGCCAAAUGUUUACUCCAUUGUCUCCCUGCCAUCUCUCACUUCUGUUAUUUAUCAACAUAUUUAUAAUGAGUAUAGUUAUAGUCACGCCCUGCUCUAUUUAGCCCCAGUAUGGCCAUUCUGUUUAUUCCUGUUAAGAGUCACACACACACACACACACACACACA